AUGGGUGGCUCUGCCACUCCAGACAAACUCCUUUCCCAGGAUAUAGCGGACGGCUGGGUCUCGGAUGUGCAGUUGUCGUUGUCCAACAAAGACUUGCUUCAUGCCCUCAUCGCGCUGGGUGCCUCAAUUUGUGCUGGCGGGAGUCGAGAAAGGAACGAUGCCUACAUCACAUACGCCGCCAAACACAAAUUGGUCGCCGUCUCCAGCCUCCGCCGUAUCUCGACGGACCAGCUUCGCAGUUAUCGAAGCCUGAUACUGAUCCGGCUGUUAGUGGCGUGCGAAUUCUACGUCGAAGAUAUCGCUGCGGCGGAUGUACACCAAAAGGCGCUACAUCACCUCUUUAGCGAUCUGACAAAAACGAGCAGUAUCUCCCAGAUAUCAGUCGGCGCAAGCGACAUCUGGACGGCGGGGAUUCAAGGCCGUCGAACGCGGUCGAGAGAAGGCGAACAUGAUCCUGGCCCGUGGCAACAGUGUUUCUCCGCUGCUGCGUUCAGGCUUGUGACGGAAUACGCCACGGCUUCCGCCCACAACCUACGGGAAACAACCUCAAUCGACAGCUCCCUCCGCUUCAAUGCCAAGCUCUUUGCGAUUGUCGAAAGAAUUCGGGACUUUACGUUCAUCAAUAACGCUGCCAAAGAACAUCAAUGGAGUGAAGAGAACCAUGACGUGGAGCAUGAAAUCAAGCGAUGGUUGCAUUUCUACCGAGUUGAGACUUCCAAGCUUCUCAACAACGUCGCCGUGGACCAUGCAGAGGCGCUGUCGUCACCGUGCCUGGCCUUCGAGUUUGUGGGUUACCAUGCACUGAGCUGCGCCACAGCAUUGGCCCUCCGAGCUCAGUGGCUACUGAUCAGCAGCAUGAGUUCCAGCGCCCAGAUCCAGCUUCGAUACUGGGAUUUGAACGCCAACGCGACCCAGUCCCGGCUUCUGAAGGCCAUCAGAACCUGCGAAAAGGCCGGCAUCAGACAAGCGCAGGAGAACAUCUGGUUUUAUGUCCUGUUCAUCCACGCUAUCCUGGUGCAAUACCUGAAGCACUGCAAUUCACUUAUGGUGGUGAAAGAGGAAGGGUCCUCCCCAGCGGCUAGCGAUGAUCCGCUCAGCGAAGCGCUCGAGAGACUUAAACGGCAGAAGCUCUACCGCGGUCUUCAAGGACGCUCGGCUGCAGAACAGAUUCUUCGUGGGUUUUGGUUCCACAAGUGCUAUAGCGACCCCCGCGUGAGAGAGGUCUGGCAGGAAUUGACCUAG